UGGAGGCUCAGUGGCUUCAAAACAGCACCCCCUGUUAGUCACCUAGUGUAUAUAUAAAUCACUGGGCCAGACUCUCGCUCCCACUUCUGCCUUUUUGUCCGUGUUCUCAAGUUCAGAAAUCCCCUGGGAAUCCUCCUAAUCUACAUCGAGGCAACAUUUGCUUUUAUUUUACUGAAGUUUGUUUGUUAGGCUAAACUUUAGUCGAGAUACGCGGACGGUGAAAUCGUUUUAUACUGAGUUGAACGCUUGUUGGGCGACUUUAGUCUCGGUGGUGGUUGUGUUGUUUUUCCCCCCUUUUGUCCAUUUCGCUGGUUCUUUAUUUGAGAAGAGAACAACACAUCCAACUCUAAACCAAAAUGGACACGGGAGUAUCUCCAGCUCGCGCAACUCUGCGGGUCGGCGCAUAACGGAUACAUAAACAGGAUCUAUUUUAAUGGACGAGAAAAUCUUCUUUUUUUUCAUUUUGAUAAUCCUAACCACUUAAACUUUUAGGCUGAUAUAAAUGUAUUAAAGCGGAGUGGAGUGGAUUAUCUCGUAUCAUGUCAAGGAUUUUGAUAUCGAAAUAGCCUAAUUUCUCACUUUUUUCCUCGGAGUGGAAUGAUACAAUCUGGGGGUUCAUAUCAGUUGGAUAACCCUACUACUACUAACAUGGUAUAAUCGAACCGUAGCCUAUUGAAUGGGAGUGUCGACUGGACUCUUCUCGUAUUAUGAAACGGUUCUGCUGAAGUUUGGUGGGUUGGUUGGUUAAACACGGACCAUGUCGGGAGUUGUGCGGAGCCUGAGCCGCUGCCUGCUGCCGGCCGAGGCCACCCGAGAGGCGGGCGGCAGCAAGGACAGGAUCCGGGAAAGGGACGCGGUGCAGGAGCGAGAGGCUCGGCGGAGGAGCCGGGAGAUUGAUGCCAUGCUUGCACGAGAGAGGCGUGCUGUGAGGCGGCUCGUGAAGAUCCUUCUCCUCGGUGCUGGAGAGAGCGGCAAAUCGACCUUCCUCAAACAGAUGAGGAUUAUUAAUGGGAAAGAGUUCGACAAGAAAGCUCUACUCGACUUCCGGGACACAAUCUUUGAGAAUAUCAUAAAG